CUAAUGAUUAAGUCCAUUCAGAUUCGUCCGGAGGCAACAGUGCACUCAUUUGCUUCCUCCAUUCCCAGACAUAGCGCGUCAGUAUGUUCUGGCCGUAUCCGUGAGUGGUCUGUCACUAGCAUACUUUCUUUUGUCCUGGAGCUAGCUGCAUAUCAACAUGGCAUCCGGCAUUCUACACCAAGAAAUCAUUGUCAUUUCGUCUACAGGCGACCUAGUCUUGAACGUUUCUCAUGAAGAGCACCAAGAGGAGUCUCGUUAUCGCGUCGACUCGGGGCAUAUACGCCGGACCUCGCCUUAUUUUGAGCAUCUUCUUGGAGGUGCUUUUAGCGAAGCCACGGCUGUUCAUGAGAAGCACAGGUCGCUGCGGGACCAGUACUCGAGCUUCGAGGACGUCCCGGCAGAUGAGCUGCCUUGUAUCACUGUGGUCCAUAUAGGGCAGAUAUCGAAGGUCAAUUCCAUCGAGGGUCUUACCGCGGACUUCCUACGUGUCCUCCACGGUCUCGAGCUUUCUCAGCCCAAUCCUCCCGUGCCGAAUAUCGCAAACUUAGCCAUUGUAGCCGACCGAUUCGAUUGUCUUGGUGUAUUCUGUCUAUAUGCGAAGAAGAAGGGUAUUUUCAGGGCGAUUGAUGCAAGGGCGCGUGGGAAGAAUACAUCGGAAGAGCGGGUUCGCCAAAAGUUGUUGGUUGGCUAUCUGUUGGAUCAUAAUCCAUGGGUCACCAAGAAUAGCAAACACUUGAUACUGUCAGGAUCAAAACGAUGGGACCCUCCGGCCCAGGAGCAAGAGGACACGGAGAGUGCACUAUGGUGGGAUCUUCCGCACGGCAUUGAAGAAGAGCUUCAAUAUCGACGUGAAAGAGUGUUGGAAACUCUGAGCUCUAUACCCCUAUACUUUCUCCACCUAUAUAUGUCUGGCGAAAGACAGUGCAAGCUUGGGUACGAUUCCUCUUUAGCAUGUGACUCUUUUCAAUUGGGAGAGAUGGUCCGUUUUCUUAGUCGUGCGGGCAUGCUGAGAGUUCGGAGUCUCCUAUAUGACCCCAUCAAUGUAACUGCAUACAGUGGAGAUAUCGACCGACUUGUUGAUAGCUUGCGCAAAUGUCCCAAGUACCAGAUCGAUAGCAACCACGCCCAUUGUGGGCUCAGAAGUCGAAUGCUACCCGUACUCGGUUGGUUACAAUACUGGCUAGACAAGGACAGCGGGAGUCCUGAUUUAGGACUAUGUCCCGAAUGCUUCAAAGCUCGGCGAGGGGACUAUGCUUGGGCAGAGGCCAAACGUCCGCUUAUGUGGAGGAGGACUGGAACGUUGUCGCAUACAGGGAAGCCUAAACAUGCAGCACCAGCAGACUGGGCCGAAUUCCACCCUACCGGUGUGUCCCAUAUUAGACAAGGUUGUUGUUCCACUUCAUCAUAACGGACAUUGUAAAUGCCUUGGCUGAGUAGGGAAUGGCAUGAUGUGUGUGACGGAAGACAAGGAAUGGCGACCUGGACAAUAAAACCCAGUGAGAGCGUCGCUGUCCGGUGAAUCCAUGAUAGGGCCGUCCAUGGCCUUUCACAUUCACGCUUGAUCUUGUGGUGAUUGAUGUUGGUUGGCUAUUUGCGACAAGCGCGUGUAUC